UGAUCUACUGAUGAGAUGUGAUGAAACAAAAGUCACAGACGAUGUUCUGUGUUGUAGCCGUGAUCUGAGACAAGCUUAUGUGCUUCAUACACUGGAAUUGCCAUUGGCAGUACUGCUACCUACACUACUUCUCAAGAUUACUGCAUCUUGAGUCAUUCUCCAGAGGAGAGACAUGUGUGCUAACGUGCAAUGGAAUGGAGAGACACCCUAAUGUAGCAAAAGCCUCUCAGCCAGGAAAGUUGAGUACUUCAAACGUUGCAAUGAUAGUGAUAGGACUCUUGUUCUUCAUUGCUGGAGUGGGAAUUUCUGUUGUAGUGGUAAUACUACUCUCCCAGAGAACUACAAAAGGCACUGCCUGGUGUUUUCCAACAUUGUUCCUUGUGAUAGUUACUCCUGUUCUAGAGACUGUUCUAUGACUUGCAUUCCUUGGAUACAUGGUUGCAAAUGAUUUCUCAGAGGAUGAUGAAUAUGUGAGAGGAGAUGACUCCUUGUGUAGGUCUCCCAGUGGAACAGUGGGUGUUAGAGAUGGUCUGCUGAUAGCUUCCUUUGUCCUCUCACUUCUGGUCCUAAGUGGGUGGCUCGUCUGUCUCACUAUACUGUCAAGUGUGCUAACCCUCCCUCAUCUCAGGGGUAUGAAUGUGGGGAUUCAACCAACCAAAAUGAGUGGGUGGUAUAGGUAGAGUAAAUGAAAACCACCUAAGCUGCCCUGGUAGCUGGGCAUGACUACUCUUAUUGAAUAUAUUUUUCAGAAAAUCACGGAAGCAAAGAAGGC